CCCCCGUUUUUGACGGAAACACUCCGGGAUGAGACAUGCCCAUGUUUGUCUUUUUGUGACACGUAUCAGAGCUUUAUUUCAUUAUUUCACCCGCCGAGAAGAAAGUGUGUUUUGACGAAGCUCUCCUCCGGGUGUGAAGUUGAGUUAAAGAAACAGGAACUUCAAGUACCUGGGAUAUCCACAGUCUGUAAGUCAGCAUUUUUCCCUUUUCCCCCUCCUCUGCAUUUAACAAAAAUUUCCUGGACCUACGCGUUCAGACUGCAGCAGCAGCGAUGCCAGAGACGACGCAAGAGACAUGCGCUCCGGCCAAGGAUUCCCCUUUUUUUAUCAAGAACCUGCUGAACUGUGACAGCAAGCCGUCUAAACCCAAACCGCCGCUUGUUGCCUCUGCUAAGGCGGCCUUAGAGGGAGGGUUUUCCUUUUCCCAGGUCGGGGAAUUCAACUUUCCACGCUUCGACGUGCCCGCGCAGAGAUUCACUCUGCCGGCGCACUACCUGGAGCGCACCUCGGCUUGGUGGUACCCUUAUACCCUCAGCUCAGCGGCUCAUCUGCACAAAACUGAAGUAAUCGAGAAACCAGGAGUCAGAGAUUCCUCUCCAACCUCCGGCACGGACAGAGACUCCCCGGACCUGGUGCUCAAAUCCGAGCCGGACGCAAAAGACGACGACGACGAGGAGGAGGAUGAGCACAGCAACAACAAAAGCAGCGACGAGAUCAUCCUGGAGGAGAGCGACGCAGAGGAGGCCAAGAAGGACGAGUUGGAGGAGUGGAAGAAGCGCGACGACGACAAGAAGCCGUGCCGCAAGAAGAAGACGCGCACGGUUUUCUCCCGGAGCCAGGUGUUCCAGCUGGAGUCCACCUUCGACAUGAAGCGCUACCUAAGCAGCUCGGAGCGCGCCGGUCUGGCGGCCUCCUUGCACUUGACGGAAACCCAGGUGAAGAUCUGGUUUCAGAACCGGAGGAACAAGUGGAAGCGGCAGCUGGCCGCCGAGCUGGAGGCCGCCAACCUGAGCCACGCCGCUGCGCAGAGGAUAGUCCGGGUGCCCAUCCUCUACCGCGAGAACUCGGCCUCGGAGGGCGCGGGGGGCGCAGCGGCCAGCGUGCCCGUGAGCCAGCCGCUGCUCACCUUCCCGCAUCCGGGGGUUUACUAUUCCCAUCCCAUCGUCACAUCUGUGCCGCUGCUCAGACCGGUUUGAAUAGCGCCGCAGAGAUUUGACGUCUCAUCCUCUCACAAAAUAAUAAAAAAAGACAAUAUUUUUUAUACAAAGUCAGACACUGAGAAAAAGCUAAGAGACUGUCACUGUCAGACAAACAUGGACGUAUUCGUCAGAUAGGUAAUUGUGUCAUUUUCCAUAGGGGUGCCGAUUAUUAUUAUUAUUAUUAUUAUUAUUACUACAUCUCAGGAGUCUGCCCACUGCUUGAUGAGUGUAUUUUUAUUUUCCUUGUUUUACAGCCUGAUUGUUGCUGGACAGGCCAGAUCUGCGCGAUGCAAAAAAGAGGGAGGGUGAUGGGUUGUUUACAUAAUAGAGGCGACCUACUUAUCUCCUAACUCCCUCAUUUAAUUUUUAUUCCCUUUUCCAGAGCUGAUAACAGUGCUGUCAGGUGAAUGAAUUCACUACACCUGAUGCACAUGUUUUGUCUGCUUUUUUGUUUGGUUUUCUUUAGCGCUUGACGAUGGACAAUCAAGACACUAGCUGUAAAAAUACCCACUCAGCUUUCUGUUUUUAGCGAUUCUUUCAAAUGCUCCUUCCACACAGACGGAUCUUUUAAGCACAAGUCUCCAAAGACAGUUUGUGUUUUUGAAACCGGGGGGAUAAAAAAAAAAAAAAAUCAUGAAAAUGUUUUUUGCUGGUGUAAAAAAUGUAAAUGUAUAUAUUUAAUGAGGCGCGGGAAAAGAAAAUUCCUUACAUGCUUCUCAUUUGUACAGCCAAAGAAAAAAAACAAAAAAAAAACAAAACAAAACAACUACAACGUUUUGAUAUUGUAUUACUGGAUCAUGUUGUGAAAUAAAUCGAAAAUAUUCCUUA